CUCGAAAAUUAAAGAAACAGCUAAAAGUCUGAGCUUGUAAUAAACUCCAUUUACUUCUUACAACUGUUCCCCACCUGUCCAUUUGUCUUUAAAAACCCCAUCUCCAUAGCAAACCCUAAAAUAUACCAGAAAGCAACAGAAGAGUGUUUAUCAGACAAGAAAAAGAGAAGAGAAAUGGCGAGGUGGUUUGCUUGUGUUUUGCUAGUAUUAGCAGUAGUAGUGCACACUAGUGCUAGGAAUGUGCCUAGCGUAAACAAUAUGCCUACUAAUACUGAGGGUAAGCCGAGUGAUGCUGGUGUUACUGACCAGAAGAACUUUCUGACCUACGGUGGUGUCGGUGGCUUUGCUGGUCUUGGCGCUAAUGGACUUCCGGUAGGUGGUUUUGGUGGACUUGGUGGUGUCACCGGCCUAGGCGGUGCUGGUGGUGUUGGUGGUGUUGGUGGAACUGGUGGUGUUGGCGACUUGGGUGGUGGUGCUGGUGGUUUGGGAGGUCUUGGCGGUGGUGGCGCUGGUGGGGGUGUUGGUGGCGGUGUUGGUGGUGGCGUUGGUGGUGGAGCUGCCGGUGGAGUUGGGGGUACUGUUGGUGGUGGAAGUGGAACUGGCGUUCUUCCUUUCCCAUGAAACAUUGAUUAAUCGUUUGUCAGUUUAUGAUCUAUUGGUAGUUUAUGCAUGCAUGCAUGGCAGUUAAGUUAGUUUGUUUAAGAGAUUUGUCCACUUUGUUAUUUUUAUUAUGUUCUGUUGUAUCAGGUGUUAUCAGCUGUUAAUUUCUGUCUUUAAUUUAAAUAUUUUGGCUUUAAAAUUUGUUAUGUUUAAAUAUUAAUAGACACUUGUUCUUUUCA